GGCCGGGCCGGGAGGAGCCGGGAAGGGCCGGGAAGGGCCGGGAACGGCCGGGAGAAGCGGAGCGGGACGGGCCGGACCGGGCCGUGUCUGUGCGGCGCGGUGAGCCCCGGGCCCGCGGGCAGCACCAUGGCCGAGACGAUUAUUAUCCGCGUGCAGUCACCGGAGGGAGUGAAGAGAAUCACGGCCACAAAGAGAGAAACGGUGGGAACAUUCCUCAAAAAGGUGGCCAAGGAAUUUGGGUUCAGGAAUAAUGGCUUUUCUGUAUACACCAACCGGAACAGGACCGGGGAGAUCACGGCAGCACAGAACAAAUCCCUCAACCUGCUCAAGAUCAAGCAUGGGGAUAUGCUGUUCCUGUAUCCCUCCAGCCCAGCUGGCUCCUCCUCAGAGACCAUGGACACCUCUGUCUCCCAAAAUUCCCGGCCUGGGGGUGCCCCCCAGGUGGUUGAAGAUGAGAUUGACCAGUACCUGAUCAAGCAGGAUGGGAAGAUUUACAGGAACCGAGACCAGCAGCUGUGUCGCCACGGCCCCUUGGGCAAAUGUGUGCACUGUGUCCCACUGGAGCCCUUCGAUGAGGAUUAUUUGAACCAUCUGGAGCCUCCUGUGAAGCACAUGUCAUUCCAUGCCUACAUCAGGAAGCUGACCGGAGGGGCAGACAAAGGGAAGUUUGUAGCCCUGGAGAACAUCAGCUGUAAGAUCAAGUCGGGGUGUGAGGGACACCCUCCCUGGCCCGAGGGGAUCUGCACCAAGUGCCAGCCCAGUGCCAUCACCCUCAACCGACAGAAAUACAGGCAUGUUGACAACAUCAUGUUUGAGAACCACACAAUUGCAGAUCGCUUCCUAGACUUCUGGAGGAAGACAGGGAACCAACAUCUGGGCUAUCUGUACGGCCGGUACACGGAGCACAAAGACAUCCCGCUGGGAAUCCGGGCGGAGGUGGCAGCCAUCUAUGAACCCCCCCAGAUUGGCACCCAGAACAGCCUGGAGAUCCUGGAGGAUCCCAAAGCCGAGGUUGUGGAUGAGAUCGCGGCAAAGCUCGGCCUGAGAAAGGUUGGCUGGAUAUUUACUGACCUGGUCUCAGAAGACACACGGAAAGGGACCGUUCGAUACAGCAGGAACAAGGACACGUAUUUCCUGAGUGCAGAGGAGUGCAUCACAGCUGGCAACUUCCAGAACCAGCAGCCCAACAUCUGUCGCCUCUCUCCCGAUGGGCACUUUGGAUCCAAGUUUGUCACAGUUGUGGCUACAGGUGGUCCUGACAACCAGGUGCACUUUGAAGGGUACCAGGUGUCAAACCAGUGCAUGGCCCUGGUGAGGGACGAGUGCCUGCUGCCCUGCCGGGACGCGCCAGAGCUGGGCUACGCCAAGGAGUCCAGCAGCGAGCAGUACGUGCCUGAUGUCUUCUACAAGGAAACAGAGAUCCUGAUUGCAGAGAUGCCAGAAUUACAGAGAUCUCCAGCCCCAGGGAGCAGAAGGGAACUGGGCAGGCCUGCACCACCCAUCAAGGACAUAGAUAAGUUUGGGAAUGAGAUCACCCAGCUGGCUCGCCCGCUCCCGGUCGAGUACCUCAUCAUAGAUAUUACUACAACUUUCCCCAAGGAUCCAGUCUACACUUUUUCUAUUUCUCAAAAUCCAUUCCCCAUUGAGAACCGCGAUGUGCUGGGAGAAACUCAGGACUUCCACAGUUUGGCCACAUACCUGUCCCAAAAUACUUCCUCCAUUUUCCUAGACAUCAUUUCCGAUUUCCAUCUGCUCCUCUUCCUGGUCACAAAUGAGGUCAUGCCUCUGCGGGACAGCAUCAGCUUGUUGCUGGAAGCCGUGAGGACCAAAAAUGAAGAGCUUGCACAGACCUGGAAAAAAUCAGAGCAGUGGGCGACCAUCGAGCAGCUCUGCAGCACGGUGGGUGUCCCGCUCCCGGGACUGCAGGAGUACGGCGCCAUGGGGGGCUCGUCACACGCCGUGGCCACGGCCAUGUGGCCCUGCCAGCACUGCACCUUCAUGAACCAGCCAGGCACGGAUCACUGUGAGAUGUGCAGCCUGCCCCGUUCCUAGCCCUGCUCCUGCCCGGAGCCACCUGGAGCGGCCGGCGUGGCACCUGUCCCUUCCCUCUCCUCCCUUCAGCUUCCAGUCCGGGCUGUGGAGCCUGGCACGGGUGGCUCCAGCCCCCCAGUUACUCCUCGCUCCCUUUUUGGGGGCUCCCAGCCCGGACAACCAACACUUUCCUCAGCCCAUGUAUGGGCUUGGCCCCCCACCAUCCUCAGCUGCUGCCAGCCUGCCCUGGGGGAGCUGGGGGGCUUAGGGAGCUGCCCGUGCCUGCUUCCUACCCAGGGGGAGAGGGAGGCUUUGGCAUCUCCCUGCCCACAGCUUUGCUCUCAUUCCCUGCCCGCCUGAGUGCCUGGAUCCCGACAGCUCCAGCACUGACCAGCCCUGGUGGCACCGGUAGGUGGCUGUGACGUUCGGAGAGCAGGACAGGCACCCCUGGAUACCGAGCACGGGGUGGGCACGUGCCAGCUCGUGGCUUGGCACUGCUUGGUGAGCUUUGGCACCCCAUGGGGGCUGAGGGAGGGGUGUCACCUCUGGGUGCCGUGUCCCCCCACUGUGCACGGUUGGGGUCCCAGGGAAGGGUUGUGGGGCAGCCACGUAACUCGAGGUAACCCACCUUGCCUCCAUCGUGCCCUGGGACCCAGUCCUCCAGUUGGUGCCUUCCCACAUCCCUCCGAAGCGUGUCCUGGCUGGAGCUGUGGCUCAGCGGUCUUGCACCCCAGCCUCCCUUCAGCAUCCAGCUAGGGCUGCCCUCGGCACUGCUGGGCAGGGGAGACUGGUAGGCGGAUACUGGAGGGGCUCAGCCCUCCUCUCACAGGGCCUCUGACCCCCAGGCCCAUCCUGGAGCUCCCCAGCCCUGGCUCCAUGGGCUCUGGUUCAAUCCCAGGGGCACCGGUUCCAGCACUGUCCCAUGUUCCCUCAUGGGAGGGGUCCGGAGGGCCUGUCCUGCUGCAGGACAGCACUGCCCAGACCCCAGUGGGGCAGGGACCCCCCACCUCUCGCUGGGGCUUUCCAAAGGCUUCAUCGCACAGCUCGGCUCCGGGCUGUGGUUGCUUUUCCCCUGGGUGUGCUGGGGUUUGGGGAUGCAGUGCUGGGAGCGCCCGGGCCGGGCUGGGCUGACCCAGGCGCGUGGGCUGCAAGUAACGUGGAAUAAAAGCACCUCAAACCAGA